AUGGGAUGUGGCACUUCUGGUACAAAAAUCCAAACAAGUAAAUCAAAACAAGCUAUUAAAGCAGCUAUCCUUAUUCAAAGAUGGUAUCGGUCUUACAUGGCCCGGCUAGAAAUGAGGCGUCGAUAUUCCCUGACUAUUUUCCAAUCAAUUGAAUAUGCAGAUGAACAAGCACAAAUGCAGCUCUCCAAAUUCUUCACGUUUAUGCUGGACCAUUUUACUCAGACCAAUAAGACAGACCCAGAAAUCAGCUCCCAUUUUUUCUCUACUGGUAGUGAUUAUGCCAUAUCAAUCUCAGAUCAUGCCAUGGCAGAGUAUAAAAGAAUAAUAGAAGUGCCAAUUUCUUAUCAAGGCCCUCAUCUUUGUUUUCCUCUCACUGUCGCUGAUACCGAAGUACUUCUUCAGGCUUUCAAACAUCAACAGCAGCUACAUGCUCGAUAUGUGCUUCAGCUGUUUCAUGAGACCAGGAAAGUCCUUCAACAAAUGCCAAACAUCACUCAUGUCUCAACUUCUUAUGCCAAAGAAGUAACCAUCUGUGGUGAUUUACAUGGAAAAUUAGAUGAUCUUUUGCUGAUAUUCUACAAAAAUGGCCUUCCUUCAGAAGAAAACCCUUAUGUUUUUAAUGGUGAUUUUGUUGACAGAGGGAAGAAUUCCAUGGAAAUACUUAUAAUCCUGUUUGCAUUUCUCCUUGUUUAUCCUAACCAUUUACAUCUGAACAGAGGAAAUCAUGAGGACCACCUGAUGAAUCUUAGAUAUGGUUUCACAAAAGAAAUUAUGAAGAAGUAUAAGAACUAUGGGAAACCAAUUUUGCAUCUUCUAGAAGAUGUCUACAGCUGGCUUCCUCUUGCUACUGUUAUUGACAAUCAAGUUCUUAUUUUACAUGGUGGAAUAUCAGAUACGACAGAUUUGAAUUUCCUGAAUUCAUUCCACAGGAACAAGUUGAAGUCUUUGCUGAGGCCAGUGAAGUCAAAUAUGGAAGCAAUCUAUGAGCCACAGAGAACAAAUCUUGUGAAAACCAGUAUCAAUGUCACAGAAAGCAAAAAAGACAAUUCUGGGCAAGACAUCUCCAAGAAAAAUGUAAGAAAGUCUACAUCAGCAUCCUGUGAGAGAAGACAAUAUGCCAAGGAAAUGGGUGAUAUCAAAAGCAAUCUUAAUAGCACCCUUGACAUAACCAGUUCUAGCUCAUUUCAGAAUGCACAGUGUCUUAAGCCUUACAACGUGACUACCACAAAUGCAUCUCCAGAAUUAACAGCAAAGGAAAGGGAACAAGUGAUGGAUAUUCUCUGGAGUGAUCCUAAGCAUCAAAAUGGUUGUUCACCAAAUAAAAUUCGAGGAGGAGGUUGUUACUUUGGUCCUGAUAUUACUGCCAGAUUGCUGCAGCGUUAUAAUUUGAAAUUGCUCAUCAGGUCUCACCAGUGCAAACAGGAAGGUUAUGAGAUCAGUCAUAAUGGAAAGGUCAUCACUAUUUUUUCCGCCUCAAACUACUAUGAAGAAGGAAGCAAUCGUGGUGCCUAUAUCAAGCUAAAUCCAGAUUUGAUUCCUCAUUUUGUUCAGUAUCAAGUCAGCAAAUCUACACGUAAGCAGACGCUUCAUCAAAGAGUGACUGCUAUUGAGCUUUCUGCUUUAAAGGGUUUGCGAGAGAAACUUUAUACCCACAAAUCAGACCUCAUUGCAGCUUUUACCCAGUAUGAUCCAGUUUGCACAGGAAGAAUUUCUCUUAACCAAUGGGCUUCUGCCAUGGAAUCAGUUCUGCAUCUUGACAUACCCUGGAGAACUCUCCGUUCUCGACUAGUUUGCCUGGCUCCGGAUGGAAGUGUGGAAUAUCUUUCAUGUUUUAACAAUUUAGAAAUCAUACUACCCAUCAAAAAGGUUCAACCAUAUUUGGUGGAAACUCUGUAUAGAUACAAAGCUGAUUUGGAGAUUAUCUUUAAUAUGAUUGACCAAGACCAUUCUGGCCUUAUUUCUGCUGAUGAAUUCCGCCAAACAUGGAAACUCUUUAAUGCACAUGUGAAGAAUGAUGUGAGUGAUGAAUCCAUUGACAGUUUAGCUCGCACCAUGGAUUUUAAUAAAGAUGGUAGCAUUGACUUCAAUGAAUUUCUGGAGGCUUUCCAUAUGGUACAUAAAUUUAGUUAAAAUUAUCAGCUUUCUUGAAGAACCAACUAGUUGGAGAAAUCCCUUCUUUAUAUAUUUAUGUUUUAUAAAACAUGGUAAAUUUGUUAAUGAGAAAUAAAAAUAUAGACUGGUCAAGAUGACAAGGAAUAAUUUAAGUGAUUUAAAUAAUAUCAUAUUUUAAUUUUAUUAUUUUGAAUCUUCUUCAUAAACAGAUUUUAUACAAGUUGCAGAUAUUUAUUGUUUUUCCUAAGUUGGUGUCUUCAAGAUUUAUUGAUUUUCAUCUUCCAUAAUUCUUAGCACAAGCAUUACUCAUACUGUUGAGAUAAUGCUUAGCAAGAGAUAUGAACCAUGGACAUCUUACCUUUGUACUUCUCUGAUGAGUCAUAAACUGACAUAUCAUCUUCAUACAGUUCUCCCUGUGUAUUCUUACGGCAUGUAAAAUUGAGAAAUUACAGUAUAUAUUAUAGAAUAGCUAGAACUUAUUUUAAUUACAGAAUAUUGAUGACAGGAGGCAUGAAAGAUUAGUAGUUCUACAAGUAUAAGCAUUUUUUUUACUAUAGCUGUUUAAUAAUUUGACAUGUAAGAAAUUACAAACAUAAUUUUUGCUGCAUCCAAGUAUGAGCCUAUUUAAUCAUAUCUAUAGUGCCAUCAACAAUAGGAAGCCCACAGGCAAAAAGUGAUGGAAGAUAAUAGAUGAUCCUGUAUGAUGUUGGUUAAUAACCUUUUA